AUGUCCUCCUCCACCGCAAUCAUCUCCUCUGGCCUCAACUACAACAGAUCAGAACCUCUUAGCCGGACGAACUACGUUCUCUGGCGAGCCCAAGCGCGAUCCCAGAUACUGGGCGCUGGCUUGUUUGGCUACAUAGAUCAAACCAUAGAGGAGCCUCCCAAAACAAUCACUAGCAAAGACAAAGAUGGUAAGGAGCAGGUAGUUCCCAAUCCUGCCCAUAACCCCUGGUUAGUUCAAGAUCAGCAAAUCGUAGCAUAUCUCCAUCGUAAUCUGUCCAAGGAGGUGCUUCUUCAAGUGGCAUCGCUUGAAUCAUCACAUGCGAUCUGGACUGCACUAGCAAAUAUGUUCUCUGCAGUUUCCUUGUCUCGCGUGAACAACAUCAGAUCUGCCCUCACAAACGCCCAGAAGGGAUCCCAGUCGGCCUCCACCUACUUCGGGCAGAUGCCCGCCCUCUCUGACGAGCUUGCGGCGGCAGGCAAACCGCUUGGGGAGGGAGAGCUCAUCUCCUUCAUCGUCACCGGGCUUGAUAUGGAAUAUCAACCGAUCAUCUCUCCACUCGACGUCCGCACCGAGCCCAUCACCGUCGACGCGCUCUUCUCGAUGGUGGCAAACUUCGAUCAGCGCGUUGAGAUGUUCAACGGCGCUGGUGGCUUCAAGUCAUCGGCAAACGCGGCCUCCAGAGGUCGCUCGGGCGGUGGCAAAGGCGGCUACCGAAACAAGAAGAACGGCAGUCGCGGCGGGGGCUAUCCUGGCGGUGGCGGCCAAAACCCUAGCGGCGGCUAUCCUGGCGCGGGAAGCGGCGCCUACAACCAUGGCGGUGUCGGCGGCUACAACAACCACGGCAACAGCGGUGGUCAAGGCAGUGGCCACCGUGGCGGCGGCGGCGGGGGCUACUACAACAACAACGGCCCCCCUCGCCACUACUACAACAACAAUCAAGAUUGCAAGUGGCGCUAUGCAGAGGACAAUUCUCGAAGGAGGCGUGUUGCAGCUGUGGCAGAUGCCUCAUACGGAGUUGACUCCAAUUGGUACCUUGACUCUAGCUCUCGAAUGAGAACAUCACCUCUGAGCUUGAGAAGAUGA